ACACACAGAAAGAAGAGCGGCGCACAUGGCCGCGUCCGUCGCCCGGCGUCCAAAUCUAACACUUUCUUAGCAGAAAAUAUGCCUGCGUCACAUUGGCCGUCUUGUGUGAGCGAGCCUCCGGAGUGCGUCCUAAUGAGAGGAAAGUAGCAGGGCAGCAGAGAGGAAGAGGCGAACCGAGAGGCAGGACUUCGCUGGAACCAAACCCUGCCUGCAGAGAGCUCCCCCAUGCUUCGUCCCGGCCACUUUUCCUCCUGUUGCACAUUGUCCCCAUUCCUGACGACAUUAUUAUCGUGACAAUAUUUAUUUUCUGUUUGCAAAGAAAAGAGAGGAAAGAGGGGGAAAACGGCCGAAAACCAUGGAACUUCUUUGCCUCGAGUCGGACAAAGUCGUGAGAGCCCAACCUGACCCAAACAUCCUCUACGAUGAGAGAGUGUUGCAAAGUUUAUUAACUAUUGAGGACAGGUUUUUACCGCAGGGCUCCUAUUUCCAGUGUGUCCAGAAGGAUAUUCUGCCUUAUAUGAGACGAAUGGUUGCAGGUUGGAUGCACGAGGUGAGUGAAGAGGAGAAGAGCAACGAGGAUGUCUUUCCCUUAGCCAUUAAUUAUUUGGACAGAUUUCUAGCAGUGGCGCCCACCAGAAAGUGCCAUUUGCAGCUUCUGGGGGCCGUGUGCAUGUUCCUCGCCUCCAAAUUAAAGGACAGUCGGCCACUAUCUGCAGAAAAGCUAUGCAUGUACACAGACAACUCCAUCUCGCCGAGGGAACUGCUGGAGUGGGAGCUGGUGGUGCUGGGGAAGUUGAAGUGGAACAUGGCCUCGGUCAUUCCCAAUGAUUUCAUCGAGCACAUUGUUCGCAGACUGCCCCUGCCCAAAAACAAGCUGGCUGUGGUGCGCAAGCACACGCAGAUAUUCAUCGCUCUCUGUGCCACAGAGUUCAGCCUCGCUAUGAACCCUCCUUCCAUGAUCGCCACUGGCAGCCUGGGAGCGGCCAUCUGUGGCCUGCAGUUGGACCACACUGACCAGAAUCUGAGUCGAGACAACCUCACAGACCUGCUGGCGAAGAUCACCAGCACAGAGGUGGAUUGUCUGAGGGAGUGCCAGGAGCAGAUCGAGCGCGUGCUGGCCAGCAGCCUGCGACAGGUUCAACAGCAGAGGCAGGAGACCGCGAUCAGAGCUGGCAGCAAGGUGAUGGAGCAGCAAGACCAGUCCAGCACCCCCACAGACAUGCAUGAUGUCAACCUAUGAAAAGCCACCCAAAUAUGCCUGUCAAGCCAAACAAGUUAAUGCAAGAGUUAAUACAGGUGAAUGGCAUGAAGAUGAACCAAUGAGCUGCCAGUAUAUGUGCCAAGUCACCCAAUGCGCUCCAGCGAUAUGUUAAUGUUAGCGCCCGCAACGGACGGUGUUACAAUCUAUGAGCAGGGUUGCCAACUUUGGGUACCUGGCUGGAGUGAGAUUUUGAUGCCAUGGGCUUAAAUCACGCGCACUUAAUCACAUGCAGACAUUUGGACUCAAUUCAGCAUCAGGCCUUAAAAAAAAAAAUAGUAGUAUGCGGCUCACACACGUGGCGGCAGCUUAGGUUUAAGAUUUAAGGAUAUAGCCUGACUACGCCACCCCGGCCCCUCCUCCCAGGGAAAUACCCACAAUUCUCACAGUAUUAGACAUACACUAACCCAAUGAAGGGCACAAAGGUCCGUUCACUAACGGAAAGUGUGGCUGGCUUGCUUGGACGCCUUCUGGGCUCCCGGCUGUGAACGCGAGCAGCCGUCCAAUCAACCCGGAGAUGAGCAUGGCGCCACCAAUCGGAGAGCGAGUUAAGACGCAGCCAUGUGUGUUUCCAUGGAAACACCCUGUUAUCGAAUACUCGUCUUGUCGAGUCAAAGUCGUUCGCUUGGUUUUUAACCAUUACUGUACCAGAGAGACUUUGACCAUAAAUGCGUUCGCCUGUUCGUCCCUACUGCUGUCGCAGUGUUUUGGCGUGAGAUUUGCUUUGGGCAGCUUGAGGCUGAAUGGGGAAAAGCGUGUGAGUCGCGUGAGAGUUGGCAACCCUGCUAUGAGCUGCCGCCGCCAUUUUGCUGAGACGUCACCCUACACAAACUUUUUUAGGAAUGACUCUGAGAUGAUAGUUUUUAGUUAGUUUUUGGUUUCCCCCACCCCCCCUCGUAUCUGCCCCUUUCAUACCCAAGGCUGCCCCAUGGUGACCUAUUGUAUGGGCCACAUAUAAUACGCAAAGCUAUUUAAAAUGGUAAGCUCUUGAAAACUUGAUAGUGCCUUAGGUUUCCGGACUGGAAAUCUGAAUAUAUUUUCAUACUUGAAAAAAUUAAAAAAAAGUAAUAAGAAAUAUACAUAUUUCUUUUUAUAAAAUCUAGCAAAAAGAAAUGCAUUAUGAUCAAUAUUGUCUGUUUGGUUAUAAUUAUUAUUUAGCUAGUAUUUAGAUGCAUUACUAUUCUUACCACCUUUAG